AUGACGCCCAACGGAGACCCAACGAUCAGCUCUGAAGCUCGCUUCGGGCAAAAUCUGGCAGGCCUGCGUGCUGAUUCGUCUCUUAGUGUUCCUUUCGAUCCUGAUUUCCAAACGCCUCUCAUUGUAGGCGAGUCUUUGGAUUUCUCGGAUUCUGAGGAGUCACAGUUUGUUGGUGCGUUUUCAGACGGCCUGUGGGCCAAGUCUGAGCCCAUUCUGUCUAUGUCUAGUUUUCAGAAGCCCGCUGCAGGCUCUAUUUUGGACUACGCGUCCACGCGGUCUGUACAGGAUGCCGGAUCAUAUUCGACAUACGGCCAGUCCCCCUACGUGGCCUCAUCUUUAGUCCCUUCGCCAAUGGCCGACCAGGCGAGUCAGAUCUCAGACUGUGUCCCGUACAUUGCCAACCAGGAGUACGCCAGCUCCUACGAAGAGGGCCAAUCGCCGAUGAUGGGCACCCGUCCACGACAAGUUCCCGAGAUUCUUACGUAUAGUCCGCAGCGCGGUAUCGAGGGCACUCGAGUCGUGGUCCAGAUUCAAUCUCCCUUUGACUUGCACAGCUCGUGCUAUGGGGCUCUCUACCUGAUGUUCGGCACCAAGCGGUGCGCAUGUAACCCGCAUUUCCUCGGCUUUCAGGGUGCCAAUUUCCAGUACUGUCUCUCCGUGGACGCGCCCCCGUUUGCCGUCACUGGCUCCGCUUCCAUCGCCGUGCCGUUGCAGGUUGUGUUGGAGACUCAAAGCGAUGGCCAGCCCACUACUUUGCAGGUCGGCAUCUACACCUACGAGCAGGUCUCACGCUCUUCGCCGGACGCGGACUCUCGCAAGAGGAAAUACUCCAACUAUACGGACAACGUCCAAGAAACUUCGGCACCCACCAAGAGAUUCGCUGGUCCUCAGUCCGGCCCGAAGACGGAGCGCACUGAAAACUACACUUACCGGGAUAGCCCCUCUGCUUCUUUCUCACCCUACAUGCAGAAUCUCCCGGCCAUGACCCCGUUUGCACACCAGUUCCAUGCUGCCGCUUCUCCGCGUGGUGGCCCGGUUCACUUUGCUGCCGGCUCGGCCACGUCGCAGCCCAAUUUCCGUGCACCGUCCCCCCUGACUUCCACCUGGAGCCCUGCCUUCAUGCCUGCGUCCCACGAAGUGCGGGACCAAAGCCUGGCUCUUGCUCAUCCCAUGUCGCAGCACCGAGGUCCGUCGCCGGCCCGGACCUCCAGCGCCGCAAACCCUACCCUGAUCCGCACCUCAACCUUGCAACAAGCCAGCGGGCUUGGCAACAGCUCGAGCUUCAACCCAUAUGCCAUGUACCCGACCAAGGCUGUAUUGAAACUGAAUGGGGAUCUGAACUCGAUGGCCACCGGUUGGACUGCCGAAGAGCGCCAAUCCCAACGCCGCCUAGUGCAGUUCAGCCGCUCUCAAAAUGGGAGCACUAUCAACGCUGAUUUCAAACCCGUUACUCCGGAAGAGCGCGCUCCCAACAGCAUCUGCAUCAGCUGCAUUCACUGGGAAGGCAAGGAUGAGUGCUUUGUCACUAGUGUGGACACCAUCUACUUGCUGGAAUCCUUGGUUGCUGUGCGGUUCACGGUGGAGGAGAAGAAUCGCAUUCGCCGCAACCUCGAAGGGUUCCGCCCCUUGACGGUUUCCAAAGCCAAGGCCGAUAGCGAGGAGUUUUUCAAGGUCAUCAUGGGCUUCCCUGCACCCAAGCCGCGGAACAUUGAGAAGGACGUCAAGGUGUUCCCGUGGAGCAUCCUGGCGGAAGCCUUGAGAAAAAUUAUUGGGAAAUAUUCCGCGAGCUAUUCCUCGACCGCAGGCGUGCUGCCCGCCUCGAUCAGCCACUUUACCAACCACGGCAACGGCUCCGACUCCGGCACUGAACCUCACACUGUGCCGUCUCCCCAUUCCCUUGCAGAUGCUGGCCCCGUGGGCACCUAUGCACACCAUGGAGUCUCUGCUCCAGUGUAUGUCCCACAGCCAAAUCAGCCUUGCGCACUGGUUGCUGGUCCGGCCGAAUACCGCUCCACCAUGCCCCCAAUGAGCCACCCAUAUACCUCGAUUGGAACCUACUCAUAUCCGGCAGUCUGUCACCCCAACCACGUGCAGAGUCUGGUUGCUGCCCCUCCUCGCAAUACUUGGGAACUUCAUGGGUUGAGCACUUCAACUCCUUCAGCUGGUCCAUCUUACAGCUACAUUGAUCCGGUGUACCCCAUCCACGAGGCCUCCCACGGCCGGUAA